AUGAACCAGUCCUCUUUGAAUGCCACUUUGAUAUUCACUUCGUAUGGAUCCUUUCACCCACUUAAUUACUUUUUCUUUGCUCUCACUCUUAUUUUCUACCUCCUCUCAGUUUGUUCUAAUGUUUUUCUGAUGCUGGUUAUCUGUUUUGAAUCCAGCCUACACAAACCCAUGUACAUUUUGUUGUUUAACUUGGCAAUAAAUGGACUACUGGGGAGUUCUGCUGUCUGGCCAAAAAUCAUGGAUAUUCUUUAUUCAAACACCAAGGAAAUUUCUCAACAGGCUUGUCUUCUUCAGGUGUUUUGGGUUAAUGUCUAUGCGACGUGUGUGUACACCACUUUGACGGCGAUGGCCUAUGACCGAUACGUCUCCAUUUGCAAGCCUUUGCAGUACCACACCAUCAUGACAGCCAGUAAAGUGAAACAGCUGCUGCUUCUAGUAAACGUUAUUCCUGCAUGCGUUAUUGCCUUACAAAUAUACCUGACGUCAAGGCUCCCAUUGUGCAAAUACACCAUUGACAAGAUGUUCUGUGAUAACCUGACAAUUGUUAACCUCUCAUGCAUAAGGAGCACUAUUGUUAACCUGUAUGGCCUGUGUGUCAUUAUAGGUCUAAUUCUCUUACCUAUAAUUAUUGUACUGGUCUCCUAUGUCAUGAUCUUAACUGUGUGCUUAAAAACCUCUAAGGAUGCACAAAAGAAAGCUCUCAGCACUUGUUCUCCUCAUUUAAUCACCUUCAUCAAUUUCUCCUUGGCUUCUCUUUUCAAUGUCAUUUACAACAGGGUUCACAGCAGUCGGCCGUCUGGAAUUAACAUAUUUUUUUCGCUGCACUUCGUUAUGGUGCCUCCUCUAUUACAUCCCAUCGUCUACGGGAUACGGACCCAGGAGAUCAGGAGAUCCAUUGCCAGAAUAUUGAGGAAAAGAGAUUUGUGCAUGGUUGUGUGA